CAGCAUCGCUUCUUCCCCUCUACCUCACAUACGCCCACUCGCCUUGCAGUCGACGGCCAAACAUCAGACGUCGACGGGCACCUCCUUUUAUCAUCCCUCACCAUCCUCGUUUGUAUACCUGCAUACACUCGGGAGCCAAUACAUCGCGAGCCAUCUCCACUCUUCUGGUCCGGCAUUCUCGUUGAACCAUAGCAGAUCUAGCCUCUACGUCAGCCCCUCCCUUUCCCCCUAGCCAGUCAUGGCGGACACGCCCAUCGUCUUCAAUGAGCAUUGCGUGCUCACGGCUCUGGGCAUCAGCCCGGAGUCGAUCAGCUUCGCAACAUGUACUAUGGAGAGCGAGCGAUUCGUCUGUGUCAGGGAGUCCAUCAAUGGACAGAACAGCGUCGCGAUUGUUGGACUAGAUGAAGCAACGCCUUCGAUAAUGCGCCGCCCUAUCACAGCAGACUCAGCAAUUAUGAACCCAGUGUCCAAGAUCCUCGCUCUGAAGGCCGGACGUCAGCUGCAAGUCUUCAACUUGGAGACGAAGCAGAAGGUCAAAAGCCACAUGAGCGAUGCAGACGUCACCUUCUGGAAGUGGAUCUCGCCAACCUCACUUGGUCUGGUGACGGAGACUGCCGUCUACCACUGGAGCACUGAGGGUGAGGCUGGUCCCAAGAAGAUCUUCGACCGCCAUGUCAGCCUGCAAGGUAGCCAGAUCAUCAACUACCGGGUCAGUCCAGACGAGAAGUGGUGCGUCUUGAUCGGUAUCGCUGGAAACAACACUCCGGGCGCAUUCAAGGUCAAGGGAGCUAUGCAGCUUUACAGUAUUGACAGGGGAGUUUCGCAGCCUAUCGAAGGUCAUGCUGCUUCAUUCGCCGAGCUCAAGACAGACUCGGCUCCUGCUCCCUUCAAGCUCUUCACCUUUGCAGUCCGAACUGGUACAGGUGCUAAGCUGCACGUCGUGGAGAUCGACCACCAGCAGGGCAACCCGACCUACACGAAGAAGGCAGUCGAUGUCUUCUUCCCUCCAGAGGCUGGCAGCGAUUUCCCAGUUGCCAUGCAAGUGAGCAAGCGGUACGGUAUCGUCUACCUCGUCACAAAGUACGGUUUCAUCCACCUCUACGACCUGGAGAGCGGUACUUGCGUCUACAUGAACAGAAUUUCUGGAGAGACAAUCUUCACAACUGCUGAGCAUGAGGCUACCAGUGGUAUCAUCGGUCUCAACAAGAAGGGUCAGGUCCUGUCGGUCUCAGUCGAUGAGACCAAGGUCAUUCCCUACAUUCUCGGAACCCUCAACAACUCGGAGCUCGCCUUCAAGCUCGCCUCCCGAGGUGAUCUCCCUGGAGCCGAUGACCUCUACAUGCAGCAAUUCCACAGCCUCUUCAGCACGGGGCAGUACGGAGAAGCAGCCAAGAUUGCCGCAAACUCGCCGCGAGGUAUUCUGCGAACAACUCAGACAAUUGAGCAGUUCAAGCAAGUGCCUAAUCAGCCAGGUACGCUCUCUCCUAUUCUGCAAUACUUUGGAAUUCUGCUUGAGCGAGGGUCGCUCAACAAGUACGAGUCCCUUGAGCUGGCCAAGCCUGUACUGGUACAGGGAAGGAAGCAUCUGCUGGAGAAAUGGCUCAAGGAGAACAAGAUCGAGUGCUCCGAAGAGCUGGGAGACAUUGUCCGUCAGCAUGACAUGAACCUGGCGCUCAGCGUUUACCUGCGAGCCAAUGUGCCCAACAAGGUCGUGGCCUGCUUUGCCGAGACUGGCCAGUUUAACAAGAUCGUGCUGUACGCGAAAAAGGUCGGAUAUACUCCCGACUACGCUGCUCUUCUGCAGCACAUUGUCAGGAUCAACCCGGAGCAGGGAGCAGAAUUUGCAAGCAGCCUUGUUGCCGAUGACUCGGGACCUCUGGUGGACGUUGAGCGGGUGACGGACAUCUUCAUGAGCCAGAACAUGUUCCAGCAGGCCACCAGCUUCUUGCUUGAUGCUCUCAAGGACAACAAGCCGGAGCAAGCCCACCUGCAGACUCGUCUGCUCGAAAUGAACCUUAUCAAUGCCCCUCAGGUCGCUGAUGCAAUCUUGGGCAAUGACUUGCUCUCCCACUACGACAGACCACGAAUCGCCAACUUGUGCGAGAAGGCCGGACUUUUGCAGCGAGCCUUGGAGCACUACGAAGACCCAGCUGACAUCAAGCGCGUGGUGGUCCACUCCAACCUGCUCAACGCCGAGUGGCUGGUCGGCUACUUUGGCCGUCUGACAGUGGAGCAGAGCUUGGACUGCCUGAAGGAGAUGCUCAAAGUCAACAUCCGCCAGAACCUACAGGUCGUUGUUCAAAUUGCUACCAAGUACUCCGACCUCCUUGGCCCCGUGAAGCUUAUCGAGAUGUUCGAGUCGUUCAAGUCCUUCGAAGGACUGUACUACUACCUCGGCUCUGUGGUGAAUCUGUCCACCGAUUCCGAAGUGCACUUCAAGUACAUCCAAGCUGCCACUCGCACUGGCCAGAUCAGGGAAGUCGAGCGCAUCUGUCGAGAAUCAAACUACUACAAUGCUGAGAAGGUCAAGAACUUCCUCAAGGAAGCCAAGCUGUCCGACCAGCUUCCGCUCAUCAUUGUCUGCGAUCGAUUCGACUUUGUCCACGACCUGGUUCUCUACCUCUACCAGAACAUGCUGAUCAACUUCAUCGAAGUCUAUGUUCAGCGUGUCAACUCGUCGAGGACUCCUCAGGUCAUUGGAGGUCUUCUCGAUGUUGACUGUGACGAGGGUGUCAUCAAGAACCUUCUGUCUUCGGUCACAGGACCAAUUCCCGUUGAGGAGCUCGUAGAAGAGGUCGAGAAGCGCAACAGGCUCAAGCUCAUCAUGCCCUGGAUUCAGUCUCGUAUCGAGAGCGGCUCUCAGGAUCAGGCCCUGUACAAUGCCAUGGCGAAGAUCUCGAUCGACUCGAACAACAAUCCAGAGGCAUUCCUGAAGGACAACAACCUCUACGAGCCUCGAGUCGUGGGAAAGUACUGCGAGAAGCGAGACCCAUACCUGGCCUACAUUGCCUAUGCCAAGGGCUUCUGCGAUGAGGAGCUCAUUGCCAUCACCAAUGAAAACUCGAUGUUUAAGCACCAGUCUCGCUACCUCGUCAUGAGGCGGCAGCUCGACCUGUGGGCUCAGGUAUUGCACCCCGAGAACGUACACCGAAGACAGCUCGUGGACCAGGUGGUCACCACCGCCGUUCCCGAGUCCACCAACCCUGACGAUGUCUCCGUGACUGUCAAGGCUUUCAUGGCGGCUGACCUGCCGCACGAGCUCAUUGAGCUGCUCGAGAAGAUCAUCCUCGAGCCUUCUGCCUUCUCGGACAACCGCAGUCUGCAGAAUUUGCUCAUGCUGACAGCUGUUCGCACGGACAAGGGCAAGGUCAUGAAUUACAUCGAUCGGGUCUCUGGAUACGAUGUCGCUGAGAUCGCCAAGAUUGCCAUCGACCACGGCUUGUACGAGGAGGCCUUCCGCAUCUUCUCCAAGGCAGAGCAGCAUGGCGAUGCCAUGAAUGUGCUCGUGGAGCACAUCGUGUCCAUCGACCGCGGUUACCAGUAUGCCAACAAGCUCAACAAGCCCGAGCUCUGGUCCCGACUUGGUAAGGCCCAGCUCGAUGGAUUGCGCGUCAAGGAUGCCAUUGACUCCUACGUCAAGGCCGAGGACCCGUCCAACUACGCCGAGGUCAUUGAGAUUGCCGAACACGCUGGUCGUGAGGAAGAGCUGAUUCGCUUCCUGCAGAUGGCCCGAAAGAAGGCAAGGGAGCCACAAAUCGAUACCGAGUACGCCUACUGUCUCGCCAAGGCCAACAGGCUCGGCGACAUGGAAGAGUUCCUUGGUAUGACCAACGUUGCCGACAUUCUCGCUGUAGGUGAGAAGUGUUUCAACGAUGAGCUCUAUGCUGCAUCCAAGCUGCUGUUCUCUUCUGUCUCCAACCACGCUCGGCUUGCGACCACCUUGGUGUACCUGGGCGACUACCAGGCUGCCGUGGAAGCUGCUCGAAAGGCUGGCAACACCAGUGUCUGGAAGCAGGUUCACGCAGCCUGUCUCGCCAAGAACGAGUACAAGCUGGCUCAGGUGUGUGGUUUGGCUGUGGUACCUCACGCCGAGGAGCUGCCGUCUCUGAUCAGGUCGUACGAGCGCCUCGGACGCUUCGGCGAGCUGCUGGACUUGCUCGAGUCGGCCCUUGGUCUCGAGCGUGCUCACAUGGGUGUCUUCACACAGGCUGGUGUAGCUUUGGCCAAGUACCGCCCUGAGCGCCUGAUGGAGCACCUCAAGCUCUACUGGUCUCGCUCGAACCUGCCUCAGCUGAUCAAGGUUGCUCAAUCGUCGCACCUUUGGUCUGAGCUGGUCUACCUGUACAUCAAGUACGACGAGAUGGACAAUGCUGCCCUGACAGUCAUGGAGCAUUCGGCCGAGUCAUGGGACCACGAUCAGUUCAAGUCGAUCCUUCCCAAGGUGGCAAACCUGGAGAUCUACUACCGUGCCCUGUCCUUCUACCUGCAGCAGCACCCGUUGCUCCUCAACGAUCUGCUGGUCGUCUUGGCGGCACGAAUCGACCACGGUCGAGUUGUGAGGAUGUUCCGCCGAGCGGACAACGACAAUGUUCCCCUGAUCCGCUCAUACCUGAUGUCUGUGCAGCACCACAACCUCGAGGCAGUCAACGAUGCAUACAUGGACCUGCUCAUCGAGGAGGAGGACUUUGAGACGCUGCGAGUGUCCAUCGACGGCUACGACAACUUUGACGUCAUUGCCCUUGCCUCUCGACUGCAGAGCCACGACCUGCUAGAGUUCCGACGCCUUGCUGCCCACCUGUACAAGAAGAGUGCUCGUUGGGAAGAGAGCAUUGCGCUUUCCAAGGCCGACAAGCUGUUCCGCGAUGCCAUUGAGACUGCUGCCAUCAGCAAGAGCGUCGAGGUUGCCGAGGAGCUGCUGAGCUACUGGGUGGACAUUGGUCACAAGGAGUGCGUCACUGCCACGCUGUAUGCCUGCUUUGACAUUGUGCGGCCCGAUGUGGUCGAGGAGAUGAGCUGGAGGCACGGCCUGAAUGACUUUGUCAUGCCUUGGCGACUGCAGGUGCAGCGUGAGCACGCGACGAAGCUCAAGAGUCUGGAAGCGGCCGUGCUGGCGCUGUCUACGAAGCAGAGCAGUAAAGAGAAGGAGGAGGAAGACGCGCCGAUCAUCGGACCGGGUGGAAUGGGUGGACAGAAGUUGUUGACGGGUGGUGCUACGGGAAUGCCGUCCAUGCAGACGGCACAGCCAUGGCCGAAUGGAGGAGGCUUCUACCAAUAAGGGC